AUGUCUCUAAAGAAAAGUAGACAGUCAGAUGUUUCGGUGGGACAGUUACAAAAUCCUGACCGUGUUCUUUCAAUGAUGAAAUAUGAAGAACUGUUUACUUCUUUUAAGAAAGUGCGUGGAUCACCUCAAUAUUGGAAAGAAAUGCAAAUGGAUAUGCUUGCAAAGAUAAGACAGUUUGGACCCUACACAUUUUUCCUGACUGGCUCGGCAGCUGAUUUUCACUGGCCAGAACUUAUCCAGAUUGUUGCAAAGCAAUAUGGUGAACAGUUUGAAUUGUCAUACAUAGAAAAUGAAAUGGACAGCAAAACAAAACGCCAGUGGUUAACACGGAAUCCAGUUACAGUGGCACGACAGAUUGACUUUAUAUUCCAUAAACUAUGGGGAGAAGUGAUAUUGUCAGGAGUGCAUCCAGUUGGACAAAUAUUAAAUUAUGACAUAAGGAAGGAGAUGCAAAACAGGGGAACUGCACAUUUUCAUUCAGCGGUGCACGUUAAAGAUGCCCCAGUUCUUGACAAGGACUCUGAUGAGGAAGUUAUAAAAUUCAUUGACCGUUAUAUUUCCUGUGAACAUCCAGAAAGUGAUGAUGAACUGGCAUCUUUGGUUGCUUCUAGACAAACUCACCACCACACACGAACAUGCAAAAAGAAAAAAAGUGUUAGUUGUCGGUUCCACUUUCCAAAGCCACCAGGUUCAAGAACGGUUAUAUCGCGACCAUUAUGCGAUGAAGAUGCCAGAAAUAAAACUGAAGUAGCGCAAAGAGUUAUUUCUCAUGUAAUGCAGACAAUGACAGAGUCAGAGUCAAACAUUACCACAGAGAAUCUUCUGAUCAAAGCAAAAGUUACACCAGAAGCAUACCAUGAAGCAGUUCAAAUUUCAUUAAAGAAAACCACAAUUCUCCUUAAGAGACGUCCAAAUGAAUCCUGCAUCAAUCCUUACAACCCACUCAUACUGAAAGCUUUACGAGCAAAUAUGGACAUACAGUUUAUCACUGAUGUGUGGGCAUGCAUUGCAUAUCUGACUUCAUACAUGUGUAAACCAGAAACAGCAAUGUCGGACCUAAUGCGAAAUGCUUGCAAAGAAGCAACUACAGCAAAAGAAAAGCUAAAAUGCCUUGGAAAUGUGUUUCUGAAAUCCCGUGAGGUAUCACAGCAUGAAGCUGUAGCACGACUUCUAGGUUUACCAUUAAGGCAGUCAAACAUUCCCGUGAAAUUCAUCUCCACAGGAUAUCCUGAAAAACGCACUCGGAUGCUAAAACCAGCGACAGUUCUCAAAACUAUGGAUGAGGAUGAUACUGAUAUUUACUUGCCAAGCAUAAUUGAUAAGUAUGCUGCAAGACCAUCAAGUCUGAAUGACAUGUGUUUGGCAGAAUUUGCAUCAAACUAUGAAACAACAUCUAGACACAAACAUGAUGAAUGUGUUGAGGAACAAUCCAAUUCAAAUAUGGAUGUUACACAGAAAACAAUUUGUCUGAAAAAUGAACUUGGAAUUAUGGUGAAAAGAAAAAUACCUCAAGUACAGCGAUUUCACUAUGUGUCACAAGAAAAGGAUUCAGAGAAAUAUUUCUUUCGCCUUCUAAUCCUCUAUCUUCCAUGGCGCAGUGAAACAGAAUUAAGUCACAGUUCCAGCUAUGAAAUUUCAUUUGAAAAUAUGAAAGAACGCAUCAUCCCUAAUAUUGAACGAUAUGAACCUUACUUGGCUGAAGUAGAGGAAGCAAGAGAAUCAGCUGAAGAAAUGGAUGAUGGACAAGAAGAAAUUUGGGAUGCUCUUGCACCACAAGCUGAACAGAACAGAUCGGAUGAAGCUGUUGAUGACCCAAUUAAUCAGUUUGUGGAUAUUGGUAACCUUACAGAGGAACAACUUCAUGAGAAUGAGGAAGAAAAUCAAUCGCCGAAUCAGGUGAAAAAGAGUCACUUUAUAACAACAGCCACUGUAGUCAGUGACAACAACAAGUACUAUGCUUUGAUCAGAAGCUUAAAUCACAAGCAAAAGCAGGUGCAUGAUCUUGUUUUCCACUGGUGCCGGGCGUUAAUGUUAUCAUCUGAUUCAGAAGUAGACCAACCUGAACCUUUUUACAUCUUCUUGAGUGGAGGAGAUGGGGUAGGCAAAAGCCACUGCAUACAUUCAAUCUAUCAAUCUGCACUCAGACAACUCCGAAAACCAGGCGAUAACCCAGAGACACCAUCUGUUGUAUUAACUGCCCCAACAGGUAAAGCUGCAGUCAACAUUGGUGGCAAUACCUUACACAGUGCUUUCCAUCUACCAGUAAAACAAAGAGGAUCUCGUCUAGGAUAUCAUAAACCUUCCAUCAAUACACUAAAGUCAAUGAGAGCAACAUACUGCAGAAUGAAAAUUCUGAUUAUAGAUGAAGUUUCGAUGGUUGGAUCACAGACAUUCUCCAAUGUGGACCUUACAUUACAGGAGAUCUUUGAAAAUGACAAACCUUUUGGUGGGAUUUCUGUAUUAGUGGUUGGUGAUCUUAUGCAACUGAAUCCAGUUGGAGAGGCCCCAGUCUUCAAAGGAAACAAACAUGGGUACAGUGCACUUGCACCAGUAUUAUGGCACUUGUUUUCACUUCAUGAACUCACUGACAUUGUUCGCCAAAAGGAAGAUCCAGACUUUGCUCAAUUGUUAUCAAGAGUCAGACUUGGGCAGCACACAGACAAUGACAUUCAGGAAUUAAAAAGUUUGGAAACCAAUGAUUCUCUGCCUAAAGACUGCUUGUCAAUAUUUCUUACAAAUGUCCUCAAAGAUAGCUACAACAGUAAACAGUUGCAAUCAUUAACAACAAACAUUUACACCAUCCAAGCAAAAGACUCGUCUAAAGAUUUGGAAACCAGACGUGCAUCUGUUUCAGUGACCAGUACUGACCCACAUGAAACUGGUGGAUUAUCAGCUGAAGUGAAAGUAGCAGUAAAUGCUAGGUACAUGCAUACAAAGAACACCGAUAUUGAAGAUGGUCUUGUCAAUGGCACAACGGGAACUAUUGUAAAACUGCAUGUUGAUCCAACAAAGCCCCUUAAAGGCACAAUAUAUGUGAAAUUUGACGACAUGAAUAUAGGUUGUCAGGCUAAGAAAACUAGUCCAUUCAAAGACCUUGUUCCAAUCAAAGCAGUGACUGCUGCAUUCUUCCUUACACAAAAAGCAAAAUCCAUCCAGAUGGAAAGGACACAAUUUCCUGGAACACUAGCUAGGGGUAUCACUGUGCACAAGUCACAAGGAAGUACCUUUGAGACUAUGAUUGCUGAUAUGGAAACUCCAGCAAAUGUCAAAUCCACAAUGCCUGGCCAAAUCUAUACGAUGUUAAGUAGAGCAAAGACAAGGAAAGGCUUGAAAGUCUGUGCCUUCCAUCCAUCAAAAAUACAUGUCAACUCUUUAGCAUUAGAAGAAAUGAAACGCCUCCAAACCAAUUGCAGUCUUCCUCUGGACACUGAUCACAGUUUAUCUACAGACACUGGAUAUGGGUCUCUAAGUCUGCGAGAUCAUGCGCAGACCACUUUAUUGGGAAAUACUUGGAUCCUAAUUUUCCAAUUACUGCUGCUGGAAGGGAAAAGUUGUCACUCUAUCUUCCAGAUAAACAUGAAGAGAGAAAACGCCAUCAACCAUAACACUGCAUUCACCAAGACUUUCUUUAGUGAUAAUGUCACAGUUGUUUUAGAUGGAACGUAUAUCUAUAUUGGAAAGAGUGGCGAUCACGAGUUUCAAAGAACAAGUUACUGCGAGCAGAAAAAAAGAAACAAUAUUAAAUUUAUGAGUGUAGUUUUCCCAGAUGGAUACGUCUUGGACACGGUUGUGCCAUUUUUUGGGAGUGAAAAUGACGCCACAAUAACAAAGAAAAUCCUUGACGGAAUUGAAAGCCUGAAUCCUCUCCUUCCGCCAGAGGACCAUAUCAUCGUAGAUCGUGGAUUCAGGGAGGUUCUGAAAGACAUCUCUGAAGUGGGAUAUGGACAUCACAUGCCAUCCUUUCUCCAGCCAGGAAAGAGCCAGCAUGAUUCUCUUGAAGCCAACACUGAAUAG